AAUUAGAAAUAAGUUAGAACCAAAUUUGCAAAUUAAUUUAUCAAUACAAUGAUAAUAAAAAUAGCGAUGGAGAGAGAGAAUGCUAGGUUUCGAGCGAGGAUUCCGAUAGCCAAGAACAAUGGUAGUGGGAUCAAGCGGUGGCUUCUAGGAUAUGGAAACCAGUUUAUGGGACAGUUUACUACUUAUUUCUUCUAUGACUUUCCGGUUGAUCGUUCUGCUAAGGAUUUGUGGUAUGGCUUCUGGUCAUUUGAGAAAGUAGCUUAUGUAUAUAUUCCAGCACACAAGGAUCGACAAGGAUCUCACUUUGGUUUUGUUCAAAUGGCAGCGGUUUCAGAUGUCAAGACAAGAAGAGGAGAAGAAAAGGAAGUUACAGAGUCUGCAUUUGAUAAGGAAGGUAUACAGUUAGAGAAGGCAAAAGGGGCGCCAAAGUUGGUGCUAGAAUUUUUUCCCAUAGAAGAUGAGACUGCAUGGCUAAAAAAAAGGGGACAACAAGUGGUAUUAUUGGACAAUUCAGAGGGUUGCUUAGAAGAGUUUUUGAAUGCUUGGAGUGAGAGAUGUUUUGUAGAAUUAGGUGGCUUGAUUGGAGAGGUGAUUCUUGUUGACGAAGAUACAAGAAGUAAAUUGUUCCUAUGCGAAGGGAGAGUCUUAAUUCUACAUAAGGAUAAGAGUAAACUCCAUUCUAUCAUAACUCUAAUGGUGAAUGGGAAGGGUUUUCCAAUUAUGGUGAUGAAGCAUGAGUGGCGAGUGGACCCGAAUUGGUGGUUGGCUAGUGAACGAUGGAGUUCGAUGAUCUCAGAAUCUGGUUCAGAAUAUUCUGAUGACAGUUACGGUGAGGCCGAUCUUAAUGCUGAUGGAUGUUUGGGUGAUGAGGGAGUGACAGAUGCCGAGGAUUGCACAGUAAUGGACGAGGAUUCAAAUUGGGUUUUAAGAAGGAAUGCAAAUUUUGAGGAAGGAGAUUCAGUGGAUGUAUUUGAAUCUAGUGGGCUGAAGAAACAUGGGCUGGUUGAGGGGGAAGUUAGUUAGGCCUAAUGGGGUGGGGCUAGAGGCACAGCGAGUUGGAAGAGGAUCUAGAAAUGGGCUGGUAAAGGAUUAGGCUAGUGUUGGCCAGCAAAAACAGCUAUCACCGAGAGGAAAAAAAUGUAAAAGCUUCGAGGAGUAUAUGCAGGGGUAAAAGAAACAGAGAAAUCGAGG